AUGGCAAGCCACUUGCGCCAAUCAAAUGUCGUGGAUAAAGGAGGUGGCGGUGGAAGCAUGGCCGACCACGAGAGUGCUUAUUGUGUGAGGCCAGCUACCUCCUCGACAAUGACAGGGAUAUGGGUAUGCGGUUGUGCAUUCGCUAUCAGUCCUGGACGAAAGCCAGUCAGCCAGUUAGUGUCCAGGUGA